AUGAGUUUGACCUACGGACCAAGCUUCCUUCGACGGUCGCUCAUCAAUCUCCAGAACCUCCUCUUCCUCCAUCAAAUCAUCAAGGAGUUGAUCCACGCAGUGCGAGAAGGAGAUGGGGAAAGGCGGCGAAGGAGGCGGAGAUGCCGGGAAGGCAGAAGAGAACAUGGCGGCUUGGUUGGUCUCCGUCAACACUCUCAAGAUUCAGCCUUUCCAUCUCCCGCCGCUCGGGCCUCACGAUGUUCGUGUGAGGAUGAAGGCCGUCGGCAUUUGUGGCAGCGAUGUUCACUAUCUUAAGACACUGAGGUGCGCCCAUUUCGUUGUUAGAGAACCGAUGGUGAUCGGGCAUGAGUGUGCUGGGGUCGUACAAGAGGUGGGAAGCGAUGUCAAAUCCCUGGUUUCGGGUGAUCGCGUGGCGUUAGAGCCCGGCAUCAGCUGCUGGCGGUGCAAAUUCUGCAAAGGUGGCCGAUACAACCUUUGCCCUGAUAUGAAAUUCUUUGCUACCCCUCCUGUUCAUGGAUCCCUAGCUAACCAGGUGGUUCAUCCUGCAGAUUUAUGCUUUAAGCUUCCUGACAACGUGAGUUUGGAGGAAGGGGCAAUGUGUGAGCCCCUAAGUGUCGGUAUCCAUGCUUGCCGUCGAGCCAAUGUAGGUCCAGAGACUACUGUGCUAAUUAUGGGCGCUGGCCCUAUCGGGCUAGUCACAAUGCUUGCGGCUCGUGCUUUUGGUGCACCAAGAAUUGUCAUAGUGGAUGUUGAUGGAUACCGGCUAUCGGUUGCUAAAUCUCUUGGUGCAGAUGAGUUUGUGAAAGUUUCUACAAGCACUCAGGAUCUUGACGAGGAGGUUCUUGAGAUACAAAAGGCAAUGGGCAGUGAUAUCGAUGUGAGCUUCGAUUGCGCUGGGUUUAGCAAAACAAUGUCGACCGCCCUGAAUGCCACCAGGCCAGGUGGUAAAGUUUGCCUUGUGGGCAUGGGCCACAAUGAGAUGACUGUCCCCCUUACUCCUGCAGCAGCAAGAGAGGUUGAUGUCGUCGGCAUCUUCCGAUACAAAGAUACUUGGCCAUUGUGUAUCGAGUUCCUGAGGAGCGGAAAAAUCGACAUCAAGCCUCUGAUAACGCACAGAUUCGGGUUCUCGCAGGAGGAGGUGGUGGAAGCAUUCGAAGUCAGCGCUCGCGGCGGAGAUGCCAUAAAAGUGAUGUUCAACCUUUAGAUGCUGAGGCAUUAUUUGGUCUGAAGAAUAAUUCUGAGACGUUGUAUCAGAUCUCUAGCUGCCAUGACAAGGUCAUCAAUGUUGGUAUUGUUAGUAAGCUGGUUGAAUAAAAAGGGUUGAUCUUAUAGCUGAGAAAUCAUGGUUUCCUUCUAUUAAAUUUGGAUGUACAACCAUACGACCUGGUUGAUUCAAUCCUCCAGUUGCUUAUGAAUUGGCUGUAUUAAACCGGAACCGGAUUGAUCUGAGAAAGUUUCGAAUAAGGUCCUUUGGAGAAGAACAGGUCAAACUAUACAGAGCCCUUUGGAUCUCUAAGGUGAAAUAGAGGAUGUCUUUCCCUUUUCGAAUA